GGGUAGUCAGUCAUCAAACACAGCAGCAGACUACAGGUCGAUACAGACACUCUGGCUGUGGCUUCUGUCACACAAAGACAUAAACACAGCUGAUACAGAGUGUGGUCAUGUUUGUCAAGUCCAUACUGCAGAUCCUGCUCUUCAUCUUUCUCCAGAAGGUGUCCCUGCAGGAGGAAUAUGAUUAUGAGUACGCAUACGGUGAUUCUCUGCCUGUGAACUGCUCAACCACAGAGACCAUCAGAGGUGGACAUGUCACUUAUUCACAAGGAGGCCUGCAGGGAAGUGUGCUGACUUAUGACUGCGGUACUGGACGAUACCCUCACCCAGUCAGCUAUAGGACCUGUGGUGAUGAUGGGGAGUGGUCACCCAUGAGAUUAAACAGUGGUAGACGGGUGUCACAUGCAACAUGCAAAGACAUCUUGUGCCCAGCUCAGCUCCAGCUGGAUAAUGGGGACUUGUGGCCCAUGGAUCAGUGGUUUCGUGUUGGGAUGACGCAGAGUUUCUCCUGCCAUGAAGGGUUCACCCUGUAUGGGUCAGCCCAGAGGAACUGCACUCUCACUGGACAGUGGACAGGAACCACUCCCAUCUGUGACAACCAUGCUGAAGAUUGUAACAACCCAGGGGUCCCACCGGGGGCCCAGAUGUCAGACAGCCGGUUUCAGACAGGAGACAAGGUGACCUACAGGUGUCAAACUGGUCUGGAUCUCCUGGGAUCGGCUGAAAGGGUUUGCCUGGAGAAUAGAGAGUGGAGCGGCUCAACACCACGGUGCCAAGGCCAGAAUAUCUUUGACUCCCCCAGCGAUGUGGCAGCAGCCAUGUCCGGAUCACUUGCAGGAGUCAUGGAUGUUCUCACAACAGAUGCCAUAAAGAAAAAAAAUUCAAGGACCUUUGGUCGAACCUUCCGUGUGGCCGAAGGCAGUCGUAUGAAUGUCUACAUCUUAAUGGAUACAUCAGGCAGCAUCAAAAAGGCAGACUUCGAGAAAUCCAGGGAUGCCACCAUCGCUCUUAUCGCGAAGCUGGACAGCUACGAGGUAAAGAUCAACUUUCACGUGUUGUCAUUUGCCAGCCAGGCGGUGGAUAUUGUAGACAUCUUAGACUCACAAAUUAGUGGUGACACAGAGUCGGUCAUAGGGUAUCUGAUGGACUUUGACUACAAUAGCCACGGGAAGAAGACCGGCACCAACCUUUAUGCAGGUUUAAUUCGUGUCAGAGAGAGGAUCGCUCUAUUUAAGCAAAACAGGAAGACCAAUCAUUUCAACGAGACUCAGAACAUCAUCAUCAUACAGACAGAUGGUUACUCCAACACAGGCCUCAAGCCUGAGAUUGCUCUGAGACAGAUCCGGCAGCUGCUGGACUACAGCGGCACAAACCACGAUCACACACAUGAGACAAUGCUGGAUGUUUAUGUAUUUGGAAUUGGGAGGGACGUGAAGAAACACGAGUUGAACUCCUUAGCCUCACAAAAAAAUGGCGAGCAGCAUGUCUUUGUUCUACAAAACUACAAAAUGCUGGGAGACGUGUUCAACAAAAUCAUCAGUGACGAGAGCGUGACAAUGUGUGGGGUAGCUCAGGAAGACGUGGAAGACAUGCAGCAUGGGAUCCCAGUCUACACCAGUCCCUGGCACGUCACUGUGAAAACACAUGAAAUGGGAUGUUUUGGAUCCAUCGUGAGUCAGAACUGGGUGCUGACGGCUGCUCACUGCUUCGGCAGAGUGGCCACAGACAAAGUCCUUCAACGGGUGGAAAUAAAGUAUGGUCAGGGUCAGAUGGUGUAUUCCAAAAAUGUGACCAUGCACCCUAACUACAGAAUCACGGCAUUAGAACACAGAAAUGUAUCAGAGUUCUAUGACUAUGAUGUAGCUCUGGUACGGGUCGACGAGAGCAUCCCUCUCUCCCGGACAGCCAGACCUAUCUGCUUGCCAUGUACUGUACCGGGUAGCCGAGCACUGAAGAAAGUCAACUCAACCUGUCAGCAGCACAGAAAGGAGCUUCUACCACACCCAGAGACGUCUGCCUUUUUUAUCCACUCCCAGAAGUCCCAGCGCAAAGAGACACAUAUUCACACCGAGAGUAAUAGGCCUGACUGUCUGGAAAAGGCGAGGCGAACACUAACAAAGCCCACAGAUGUGACUCUAGAUGAGUACAUUCCUAGCAGGUUCUUGUGUGCUGGAGGCUCUUCAGGGUACCGGGACUCAAUCACAUGUAAAGGUGACUCCGGUGGAUCUCUGUAUCUGCAAAAAAAAAAGCGCUACUUCCAGGUGGGAGUAGUGAGCUGGGGCACCACAAAUGUUUGUGACCUAAGAGGGCGGUACUCCUCUGACAACCCUCCUCCCGAUGCGCGAGACUUCCACAUCAACCUCUUUGAGAUUAUGCCGUGGCUAAAACAGCAUCUGGGGAAGGAGAUCCAGUUCCUGCAGGACAAUUGAGAGGAUCCAGAAUUUGGUCUGCAGGAAUGAUUUGCCUUGAUUACAAAUAAUAUAUCUCAUUCAGAACAUCAUAGAAUAGUUAAC